CUAAGUGGUGAUGACACUGACACCAUGAUUGAAAUGGUUGCACCAGCGAACCAUUUAAUGGAAGCCCUUUGAGUGAGGACCAAGCUUCAGCACCAAGAAACCGAAUGAAAGCAGCAUGAUAGAGCUACCCAGCUGUAUCAGUAAAAAUCCUCAACCCCUCAUUUCUAAAGUCUUCCAAAAUAUUAAAAACUUUUCGCUUCAUGGCUCAAAGAUCCAAAAGCUACAGCAUAGAAUGGUGGAAAUGGUUAUCAAGGAUACUCUAACUUUUGACGCUGUUGAAGGUAAAAGCUUCUUAAGUUUUAUGAAACAACAUUUUCCUCUUUACAAAGUCCCAACAAGAGACAAAGUACAGGCUCACUUUGAAAAAAUGUACGAUGAAGAAAAAGAAAAAAGUGUAGAAAUGCUAAAAACUUUUUCAUAUUUGAGUUUAAUGACAGAUAUCUGGACUGAUGUAGAAAUGAAUAGCAUGCUUAAUGUGACCAUUUGUGGUGUAAAUGGGACGAAGCAAUUUAAUGGAACAAUUGGCAUUUAUAAAUUAACGGAAGCACAUACUGCAUCACAUAUUUGCGAAGUUGUCAUUGCUGCUUUGAAAGACUUUUCUAUUCACGAAAAACAAGUAAUGGCUGUAGUGACCGACAAUGGUGCAAAUAUCGUAAAAGCAGUAUUCAUUCAUUUGGUAAAAAACGAAAUAUUCCUUGUGUUGCACACACCCUCAAUUUGGUAUGUGAAAACUCACUAA